AUGUCCGAACCCAAACCUGGCAGCGGCGACCGCCGUAGGACCACCGUCUCUGGUCCGCUCCCGAAUCUCAGCGAUGCCACCGACGACGGCGACAUGAGGCCCGCCGGCGUCAAAUUGACAUGGGCUCCGCCCUCAGCACCAUCGUCACCUAUAGAUGCGCACCCUACCGCUUCCCCGGGCAAGCGAUCGGAGCAUCGAAGAAGCCUCAGCGGGAACUUGUUAUCCAAGUUCAACUUUCUCAAUCGGCACGGCGACGAUGACAAGGACGGAGAGCUCAAACCGCCAAAGAGCCCUAAGAGUAGCAAGAGUCGCAAGAGCAUCGACGACGAUGAGCCAACCACAUCACCUGUCUCGCCUGUCAAGGGUGAUGGCGCCAUGGCUGCAGCGUUGAAAGCCACAAAGCAGCGCAAGAGGAAGGGCUCGUUGCGCAAGACAGCACUGCUGGGCACGAGGAAGUUUGUGACCGAGACGAGGGAAAGACGGAAUAGUGUUCUGCAGCGGACUCCAUCGACCAAGCAAGUUCAACAGGCUCCAGGAGCUCAUCUGAGCAAUUUUGGCGGCGAGAUGCAUCUCCAGCCCGCUCCUGCACGCGAUAACGUAGAUGACACUGUGACCAAAAACCUCAAUUACGACGAUAUCAACGCAGCAGACGAACACAAUGCCGAAUGGGCCGAGUCUACCACCGCUCCUUCAGCACGGCUUUCUCUGGUGACAGACCACGCGCAUCAGCACGAGCAGCGCAAACUGUCGUCUGAACUGAAAAGUCCCCUCGAUCUGAAAAGUCCAACCAGUAACGCGAGUUACGCGAGCACCACCGAUGACGAUGAUGUGCUUACCUUCCAUCGUCCGACAACAAGUUAUCCGAAACCUCACUCAUCCUCGACCAGUUAUUUUCCCGACCCAGCUAUCUCGCGACGACCGAGUCAUCGCAAGCACUCCCGCUCACCUCUGUCGCAAAAUCUCACAUCCACUCUUUCCACUUUUCCCUCGUCGCCCCUCGCUUUGGAGCCACAUGAUUACACGGAGACGGAGUACUGGGGCUGGGUCAUUCUCAUUGUGACCUGGCUAAUUUUCACCGUGGGAAUGGGGAGUUGCCUGGAGAUCUGGAGUUGGGCUUGGGAUGUCGGCGAGACACCCUACGCUCCACCGGAGCUGGAGGACGAUCCCACGCUACCGAUUGUGGGCUACUAUCCUGCUCUGAUCGUCUUGACCGGCGUCGUCGCAUGGGUGUGGAUCACUGUUGCGUGGAUUGGCAUGAAGUACUUCAGACAUGCCAAAAUCGAGGUGUGA